GAUAUCGAACUUCUAAGGGAUUGGUAAAUAUUUUUAAAUUGGUAUUCAGUUUUCUUUUUCGUCACAGUCGGUCUUCAGUAAUAAGGAUAGGAGGUCUAUCAACCUAUAUUAUUCCUUGCAGUUUGUAAUACUAAGGAGGUCCAAUCUCGUUUUGAAUAUAUUAACAGAAUAUGCUGAUAUUACGUGUUCCGUUAGAUAAUCACAGCGAUUAAAUUGUUCUAACAGUUAUCCAUUAUGGAUACUGCUCAAAAAUGACUUAUUACUAUUGGUGGCAUGCACAUGUUUAAUAAACCAUGUCAAACUAACUUAUAAUACAGACAAAGAAUAUGUUUUUGAAAACUGGUACAUAAUAUUGUGUAUUUCACUGCAUUUUGUGGAUUUGCUUAUGGCUAAAUCACAUAACUUAUAAGUCCGUUUCUCUUUGGUAGUCUUUAGUAUAGUUAACUUAGUGUGUUCCUCCUAGUCUUGAAAUCGUUCACAGUUAAAAAAUAAACAAGAGCUAAAAAUAAGACUGACAUAUUUUCUUGAGGCUCAAACCCAAAGUACUGUAACAAAACUUAUUUUUAACUUUUUUAUUUGGAUGUUGCUGCCGUUUUUGAACAAGAAUUUACCCGGCAACGACCCUCAUUUUCAAGUUCACUCAUCUCCCAUUCCGAACAAUGAGUGAAUAGUACAUUCACAGAUAACUGUUAAUCAUUCGGAUUCACUUGCAUUCCUCCUACCACUUUCACUUUUAUAAAUCAUAUGCAAACUUUAGUAAAUUUACAUUGGUUUACAUAAGUGAUUUGAUUUUUACUAUGCUAGUCAAAUUAUUUUCUUCAAGUAGCCUGCAUAUAAAUCUGACUCGUUACAUCGGGGAACACAAUGACGUUCUUUUUAACAGAAUCCUGAAAGUGUUUCAAGAUACGCGAAUGAUAAUGGAAUUGUUAAAAUCGUAUAACAACCCUCCUUUUGUUGUCUUCAAGGUCACAAAAUUACAAAAGACAAGAGACUUAAGAUUAACUGAUGGAUGCAAACAUCGAAUGUUGAAACCGAUUUAAUACUAUCUGAAUGGGUAAAAUCACAGAAGAACCAUUAUUUCAGAAAAAACGAAAAUUUGGAUUGACAAACGAAUUUAAUCUGAAUACGCAGUUUGUAAAUCCAAAAGAAGAUGACUACUUUGUGAUAGGUCCAUCUGAUGGUAAAUUUUCAAAUUCGAUUGCCUACAGAAAUAAAAUGAAGCGAAAUGCUCGAAGUGUUUCGCCAAAGAAAAAACAAGAAAAUACCAGUAACGGUUUAAAACAGCAAUUGUCUGCUCAAAUAAACAGGCAAAUUCGAAAACCAUCACCUAUCCUAAAACCUCAUAGAGAUGAAGCUAUCCAAACAGACGGAGCACAUAAAGCACUCGAAGAGGAGAUUCAACGAAUUCGAACUGAGAUUGAAAACAGAAAGAGAAUUUUACGUGCAAGAGAGGAAGCAAAAGAGAAGAAGCACGUAAAAAUCGAAAAUGAACUUAAACAAAAGCCCCAUACAAAGAUUUCCAAACCAGUAGAAUCUGAUCAUCUAAUGAUCACUCACGCUCCCGAUGCCCCACGUCAACGUAAAAGUAAUAAAACUCCACUUCAAGAGUACUCAGAAAACUGGAAAUUGGAGCCUCCAAAAGCUGCAGUUUACACUUGUGAAAAAAGUCGUCUUUCAGAAUAUCAGAGUGCAUUUAAGGUACCACAGUUCAAUUAUAAAUUUGAACCAACAAGAUCUACCAGACCAUUCACAUGUAAACUAGAUAAAUUCCAAUCUCGUAAAAUCCCUUACGAUACAGAAUACAGGCACGAAUAUAAACCUUUUAAAUAUGUCCCAGUUGAUCAAUUAAAAUCAAGUGAAGUAAUAGAAAACAAAGAUGUACAUAUUAUUCCUCUAAAACGUCCGUCAUCAGCAUAUGGAAUUAGAGAAAUAGCCACGGAUAUUAAUAAGACAGAAAAAGGACGGAUUCGAGCAUUAACCCCGCCAUCACAAAUGAACACUAAACUAACACAACAUAAAAAGAAGUAUACUACAGAAUAUAAUGCGAAAUAUAUAGACUAUUCAGAUGUAUUAGGUGUUCCACGAAAUCAAAUGAAAUCAUCAAAUAAAAGUAUAUCAAAUGACUGGUACCGAGAAAUAGUAGUACUACGUAGAAAAGCUGAUGCCUAUCGAAAACGUGAUCGAGAAUCACACUUUUCGCGUGAGCACUUAGCACAACUGGAAUCUGACUAUGUUGAUCAUUGGGAUCCCCCAAGUAAUGAUAAUUAUAUGGAAAAUCUAGAAAAAUAUAAAGAAGCCUUACAAAUGCCAAGAGCUGGAAAACCAUCAACGGACUUAAUUUCUAAUCCAGACGAAAUGGUGCUAUCGGCUAAUCAACGAAGGAGAGCAAUGUUGGACAGUCACAAUGUCGCAGAAAUAAUGGAUCAAGAUGAUUGCUCUGACACAGACUGCGAUCAAAAUAUAGAAUAUAAUGACGAUCACUUAUCCACCCAGCCAUACCGUAGAUAUAAAACAGAUGUGAAAUGUAAUAGAGAAAAUUAUGUAGGAACAUUACCAGCUGCUACGAAAUAUAACCAUACUGAUGAAGCAUAUGACAGCGCAAACCACAGCUUAAAAUCAGAAAAUGAUUCAAUUCGACUAGCAAAUUUAGAUGAGCCAAGAACAAAUAAUUCGUGCAUAAAACAAUGGUCAAAUGAUUCUAAAAACCAUGCAUCUAAAAGGCAGAACCACUGGUUUAGCAAUGAAUACGAACGAAAACAAAGAACAGUGGAUGAAACAGGAUCGCUGACUAGCUGUAGUUCGCUGUCUGAGGAAUCAAUGGAAUCAAGUGCACGUUUAGCCCACGAAACUCUGAAACGAGCACAAAAGCAACAUGAACGUAUAUUACGAGAACAAAAACAUUAUAAUGACAACAUAUAUUCUCCAAAUGCAUAUUCUGACUGUGAAUGUAAGCGGAUUGAACUCUGA